UUAAAAAAAAAAUCUUACCUUUCAACCCAACAGAUCCCUUAGGUUACGUCUUCUUCGUCUCGCUAUAUCGAUCUCCACUGGAGUCGCUUCCUUCCUCUACAAGUUCCGAUCUUACUCUUCAUCAACCACCAGUUAGAGACUUUUAGAAACAUGAAUCCUGGUGAAUAUACCAUAGAAGUUACGGGUCUGUCUCCGAAUGCGACGGAAGAGGACGUUUACGACUUUUUCUCUUUCUCUGGUGCGAUUGAGCACGUUGAAAUCGUCAGAUCAGGCGAACAUGCCUGCACUGCCUAUGUGGCAUUCAAAGAUGCCUAUUCUAAAGAGACUGCUUGCUUGCUUAGUGGUGCCACAAUUUUGGAUCAACGUGUAUGUAUAACAAGCUGGGGGCAAUAUGAAGAUGAAUUUGAUUUUUGGGGCAGGCAUUCACAUAGGCAUGACGAGGAACCUGGUUCAGCUUCUACACAGAGAAGCCAAUUUCCCAGCACUGGAGAGGCAGUGGAAGUAGUUAUAACCAUGCUAGCCAAGGGAUAUGAUCUGGGUAAAGAUGCAUUAAGCAGGGCCAAAGCCUUCGACCAGUCCAAUCAGGUUUCAGCGAGUGCGGCAGCCAAGGUUGCUGAGCUCAGCCAGAGAUUUGGCCUCGCCGAUAAGAUAUGUGCAGGUGUUGAUGCGGUGAAAUCUGUGGAGGAAAAGUACCAUGUCUCAGAGAUGACCAAGUCUGCUUUAUUUGCAACAGGAAGAACAGCUGCAACAGCUGCAAACAAUGUGGUAAACAGUAGCUACUUUUCAAAGGGAGCUCUUUGGGUUUCAGACGCUUUAACUCGUGCGGCUAAAGCUGCAGCUGACGUGGGUAGUCGUGGCGUUCAGCAAUGAAGCCUUGGGUUGACUCAAUUAUGGUUCUUGUUCGUGUAUACCAGUAGCUUAAAACAUAUACGUGUUUUGCAGUUCUAUGUCUAUGUAUAUAUGGGUGUCCAAAAGAGAAGCAUACGUCAUCAGAAACUUGUGUGUCGGUGGCUCGUGUGUUAUUUCUACUUACCAUACUAAUUUAGAAUUGCCACCAUUUAUUUUGUGUUGACCUCAUUUCUAUUAUAAAGUAAUACCACAUCAUGUACGCCUGUGGUUAUAUCA